AUGACUUCCGAGACCCAGAGAGCCCUUCUACAAGUAUGGGCUGACGAUAUUGGUCAUGUCGUUGAUCUCAACAACUCACCCAAAGCCGAGUUCGCGCGCUUGGGAAAGGCGAAAGGAUGGAUUGGUGGAAGUCCGGAUUGGUGCUAUCAUUGGGAAAAGUGCUUCAGCGAGACAUACUCGUGGGGAGUUCACAUCAAGUCUCUUGAUGAGCUUUCUGGUAGCGUUGAAAUUCUCAACUACGACCAGAGUAUCUCCAUGGAUGUGGCUACAGACGACGGUGAUACCGGUUCGAACAUGUCAGGUAGGGAAAACCCGGUAUGGAAUGACUUUACCGACUUCGUGCACCACCCAAAUGCCCCCUUCAAGGAGGAGUUCGAACGUCUGGCUCGCAUCAAAGGUUGGGAUCGACGAACCAAACGUCAGAAUCUGAUCACGUUGCUUCGCACUGAAGUCGAGUUCUACUGGAGUUCAAACGAUGUCGAUAAAUUAGAGUGCUAUCAGUACUUGUGUCGAGAGAUGGGUAUUGAGCAAAUACCAUGUACUGUUACACAAGCCAGGAAGGCUGCUGACCAUGAAAAGGCGCUUCGCCCACUCAAGGUCAACCUCUACAGUGUCAUUGACCACAUGCGCAAUCAAAAGACCAGGAUUAUCACAUAUAAGACUAUGCGCGAGCUUCGUCUAAGCGUUCGCAAGAUAGGCACGUUCCCGAGAGAUUGCGCCAAAGCAGGCGGAGGUUAUAUGGCCGCUCUGCUGUCUAAGCUGUAG